UCCCCUCCCUGUCUCCCCCUCUACCACCCCGAGGUGUGGAGGGCCAAGGGGAGCAGAGCAUCAGAUUAAAGGCUAAUGUUAACGUUCUCUCGCUCAGUGUUGGACGUCUGGUAGACAUGAGUAGAGCAUCUGGCAUCAAGAGUACUAAGAGUCCCGUGAUACAUUGUGGGAGAUGUAGUGCUGCCCUGUCCUCCCUGAGCUCUGUACAUCAUACACAGGGCACUGCCGUGUGGCAGUGUGAGUUCUGUGGUCUCCAGAACAUCCUGUCUUCCCCAGCCCUGAGAGCUGGUUCCAAGGUGGGCCCCAGGGUUAGAGGAGCUCCUAGAGGGAGAGACGUGAUCUACCUCCCCUGUCAGACUGACCAGGACUACGAGAACCUGGAGGAUGUCAUGGUGGUGUUCUGUGUUGAUAUAUCCGGGAGCAUGAGCGCCACCUCUGAGGUCUCCCCAGGGAAUGCAAUGAGGUCACCAACCUAUGUCUCCCGACUACAGAGUAUUCAGGAUGCCCUCCAGAGGGCGCUGUCCUCUCUGCUGCAGACCUCACCUCACCGCAGAGUCGCCAUGGUUACCUUCAACGACCAGGUAGUAGUGUAUGGUGACGGUUCAGGUUCACCAGUCACUCUGAGGAACUGGGCUCUAGUUGACUAUGACUACCUUAGACGACAGGGUAAACAGUACAAAACCCCACACUGUAUAGCAGAGAGAUACCAACACCUCUCAAGGAGAGUCAAAGAGUUGAGGGAGCAUGGAGCUACAGCGCUGGGUCCUGCUGCCUUAGUCUCCGUUGCCAUGGCAUCUCAAUACGUGGGGUCAAAGGUGAUCCUGUGUACAGACGGGCGAGCCAACAUCGGAUUGGGUGCGAUGGAGGAGAGUUCCGUCCCUUUAUCCUCCCCCCAGUCACCUUACUUCUACAGACAGUUAGCCCAUGAGGCAGCUAACAGCGGGGUGAUAGUUUCAGUGAUGACCUUUGAGGGAACAGACUGCAGAUUGGCUGAGGUGGGACUACUAGCAGACCAGACUGGAGGAAGGGUGAAUAUAGUAAGCAUCGGUACCGUAGCAACAGAGAUCCAGUCAGCUCUGGCCGACAACAUCGUAGCAACGGGUGUCACGGCAACGCUACUAGCAGCUGAUGGCAUGUAUUUUCCCUAUGAGGAGGAGUGUAACCACCGUCUAGUAAGGGAGAUAGGGAAUGUAACAGAAGUGAUAGAAAUCACCUUUCAGUUCGCCUGCAAGCCUGACAGCGUAGAGCAUAUCAUGCGCAGAGACAGACUACCGUUCCAGCUACAGUUGUCCUUCACCACCAGAGAUCAACAGAAAGUAACACGCAUCAUCACUGAACAGAGACGGGUUACUACCAGCAGCUGGGUGUGGGCAGGCAGUCUGAACAUGUCAGUGUUAGGGGUCCACUGUGCCCAGCUGGUUGCCAGGUUAACUAUGGAGGGAAGAGUCCAAGAGGCACAGAAACAACUCAGAGUACAGGAAAACCUGCUCAAAAACAUCAGUGAGCAGAGGCCCAAUCCAAAGGAGGAAAGUAUCUAUGGCAACUGGAUCAGUACCAUGACAACCAUAUGUGAUGACCUCAUUACAAACUCACAGCGCAACAGCAAGAUGAAGGACCUACAGGCCUUCAGGUCUACUCCCGUGAACGCCCUCUCUGAUGAGGCAGCUAAGGUGGUGUACCAGAUGAAGAGGGCCAGCAGUGUGGACCAGAGCAGGAGGAAACAGACUCUGUGAGGAGCUGGACCUCAGCAGUCACAGUUGGCAGAAUCGGCGGACAUCUUGGAUCCACAGGAGCCAGUUGCAGCAUCAACAGUUGCCAAAACUGGCAGCCAUGUUAGAGACUGUCCAAGACUGGACGCUCACUCAAAUAACUCCUAAUUUAUUACCUAAAUAUUAAAUAAAGACGUGUACAUAAAAUAA